AUAUCAACUACUCAUAAACACGUACUCAGGCAAAUUAAUUAACCAGCAAUAUAUAUAUAAUUAAUAAAAUGGCAAUGAAAUCGAUCAUCUUGCUUGCUACCCUUUUGGUAGUUGUUUUUGUGCCACGAGAAGCCAACGCUCAAACCAUAGGAGUUACCCUUAGAAUCAAUGGAACUGUACCUUGCUCUCUGACUGGCAUUGUUCCUACUCUUCCCAAUAUCACAACCCCAACUACUCUUCCAUUCCCAAAUGCUACAGUCCAACUAGUGGUACUCGGGAUUCCAGUAGGACUAACAGUAAGAACAGAUUCACUCGGACGAUUUGUUUUAACUACAGUUCAGUCUGUGGUUGCAUCUACAACUAACCUUCUAAACCAAGCUGUUGUUGUGGUUACCACACCGCUCUCGGUUUGCAAUUCAUCCCUUCCAGCAAACACCUUCCUACAAUCCGCCCGCCCGUUACAAGUGUUGAGCAACACUGGUUCCCUUCUUUCGCUAACUGUGGGAUCAUUCGUGUCUGUUAAACUAUAAUGAUCAUCGAUGGAUAUAUCAUAUAUAUGUGUGUGUGUGUCUCACGUGGUCUAAUUAAUGUAUACGUACUAUAUGUCAUAUACUGUAUGAAUAAAUUAAGGGAUUGAUCGAAGAGAGAUUAAUUACAUGCAUGCAUGCACGCUCUGAUGCAUGUACGUAUAUCAAGUUAUAUAUCUCUCGAUCCAUUUCUUAUGAGUGUAUGUAAUGGUCGUUUCAAGCUAAUUAAUUAAAUAUAUACUGCUCGUAUUAUAAUUUA